AUGACAUCUGCCAAAGGAACCUCCAUCGACAUUGCCAACUAUUUCGAAUCCAUAUGUUAUGCCAACGCAGUCAAGGAACAAAAGAAUGAAAAGAUUGGCCUCGUGGUGAAGCGUUCCAAUGCCUGGAAUACGCUUUACAUUUCAGGAAUCAAAGACACGAGCAAGUUUGCCAAUUCCAAGCUGCAGAUUGGAAUGGUCAUCUUGACCAUUAACGGAAUGAAGAGUCCCACAACCGUCAAGGAGAUUCAAAAGGUCAUGAAGGAAACGGUCGGUGAUUUGACCAUCAUGGCGGCUUCCAUCAGCAAAGAGAUUACGAUUGCAGGAAGUAAUGCCAACUCUCCUGCUCGUUCGCCAGUACAUUCACCUGUCAGACCUUCCAAGGUCGUGGCGUCUGCACAAGGCAGUCCACAAAUGAAUCCAUUAUCCCCAAAAGAGUUCCCGCUGAGCUUUCGAACCGAAUCGCGUGUCCCUGGGAAGGAUGAUACUGCCACCACCAACCUUGUACCGCCCGAGUUCCCACUUGAUAACAAUGAUAAUGACACUGCCAACAACAAGAAUAACAACAACAACGACAAGAUUGAGAACAAGUCCAGUCAUGAUACUGCAACGGCUGACACAUUUAACGCUUCGUCGAGUUAUGAAAUGACAUUAUCCGAUCACCAACAACCACACCAAGAAAAGUCACCAACACCAGUAUCGCCUCCUGAUUCUCCGGCUCGAUCAUCGUAUUCACAGGAAUCUUCUGCUUCACCUCGAUCGUCUCCGGGAGGACCUUCGCCUGGAUCCUCGCCAAUGUCGCACGGCCACGAACGAAAAGUGUCGGAAUCGGGCCAACGAGAUUCACCCGUCAGUAUUUGUUCCAUUGAUCAUACUGGGAACAUUGUCAUUACACCCAAGGGAUCGCCCAAGGAUACGAUGAAAGAGGAUGUUCAGAUGCCCAAGCUAAGUUCCUUGCCAACAACAAGAGCAACAACAGCAGCAAGAUCAACGAAUAAUAAUAAAAAUACAGAAGAGGAAAAGAAGGAAGAGCCCUCUAUCGCCUCUGAUGAUUCUUAUGAUGAUCUAACGGAUAGUUCGCAAGAAUUGGAGACAGCUCAACAAGAAGAAAAAGAAGCUGAAGAAAAAGCCAAAGAACAAAAAGCAAAAGAAACUACUUCGAGGCAAAGUGCUACUGCGGCUGUAGAAGAAAAGCCACCCGUGGCACAUGCCAAACCACCACCGUCGCCUGUCCGCGCAGCUGCGGCGAAACAACCUUCUAAAAAACAGCAACAGCAACAGCAAGAAGAUAGGGCUGCCAAGAGACGAAGCAGAGCUGGACCACGAAUGGCUCCAGGAGUGGCACCUGGUGCCUAUCAUGUGGCGGCAUCAUCAGUCAGACCUAGUAGUAGCAAAGCCAUUCGUUCUCUGUCUCCCGCUCCUCGUCCGGGCGCUCAUCGAGUCCCUGGCGUCAACAGCCGAGCUUCUGCACCUGCCAUUGCUCCUAUUACUUCGGCGGCGGCAGUCGCUUCGGCGGCAUCGUCCAACAUUUCCAGCCAUUCCGCAAGAGCCGAACGUACCAUUGGAAACGAUGCGCCUCUGUCGCCAGCACCGCGGAUACGAUCGGAAAACAUGCCACCUCCGCAUCCGGACCUUCCCCAACCAGGGGCCCGCCGCAUGGCCGGUCCCAAUGCGCGUACCGCGUCUGGAGAUUCCUAUCGCUCACCAAAUUCACCAAUGUCGGCCUUGCCUUCCAAACAAGGGUACGUGCCAGCGUCAGCAUCCUCUCCGGCGGGAGCUUCUGCAUAUAGUGGUGGUGGUCCUAUGGACAUCGAUGACUUGAAUGACCAAGACGUGGGAAUGGGUGUACCAGUCCACGAGAAUCCUUCCUUGGCAUCGUCCCCACAGAAUUCCAAAGAUUCUUCCAGCAUUGACGAUGACCAAGCCGACUACUAUGAUGGGAGCAGUGUCCAGGUAUCCGAAGCGCCAGAAAUGUCCGUGAUCACCUCGGAUGAUUUGGUGAUUGCCGCAGAAGUGCAGGAACAUCCGGAUAUCUUGGAAGAUCGGAUUCGAAAGCAGAUUUUGCAAGAAACCGCACAAGCGGCAGUGGUCGUGAUGGAACAUGGAGGAAACAAUGCUUCGAAUCGCUCGUUUCAAGAGGAGGAACUGGAAGAACACAAACACAAGAAUGUCAAGGAAAAGCUCUUUGGCGGUGGUGGAAAGGGAAGGAAUGUUUCGCAGGAACUAUCAGUGGCUCCGGACCAAUAUAUUCGCAAGAGAGACUUUUUGCCUUGGAACGUACAGCAAAACAUGACCACCAAUAUGUGGAUUGCUUCGGUUGUUACGGACCAAAAGGCUUACGACGAGGGAAACACGACGGAGCAAGAUCGCUCCAAGGCUGUCUUUUCGGCCAAGACGGAACGAGAGGCUCGUGAAACUGGUCUUGCCAUGGCAACGCCGUACUUGCAACCCUUCAAGACCAAUCCAAUUUGCGUCAUGUGCAGCUCCAAAUUUGCCGUCUUUAACCGGCCUCACAAUUGCCGCAACUGUGGAGUGGUGGUUUGUUCCAAGUGUACCGUCAUUUGGUCCAGCAAACGCUUCCCAUCGACCUACCAAACCUCCAAGUCGACUCAUUCGGUCUGUCUGGCAUGCGAUUGGUCGGCCAACAACUUUCAAGAUGCCGUCCUGCAAGGCAACUUGACGAAAGCUACAAAGUUGUACGAAUCUGGAAAUGUUAACCUCCGGACACCGUACAUCUCGUCCAAGAAGAAAUCAGGACAAGAAAUCAUGUAUCCCGUUCACAUGGCCAUUCUCGGUCGCAAUGUCGAAUUGGUUCGGUGGCUAUGCAAAGAACGCUGUGCUCCAGUGACCACCGAAGUUAAGAGCAAGGGUAACCUGAAAUCUUUGCCUAUCGGAACCUCCAAAGCCCGAACUCCAUUGAAGUUGGCUGUGAAGCAAAAGGAUCACGACAUGCUCAAGUUCUUGGUAGCCGAACUGAAUGUUUCAUUGUUUGAUGAAGACAUCAAGGCGGAUUAUCGAUGGAUUCUGGCCCACUUGAGCAACACGUUGCAUCGGGCACCCUAUGAAUAUGAGAUUGCCAAGAACAAGAAAAACGCCAACAGCAGUAGCCAUUCAUCUUCUCCCAGAAGUCAUCACAGUUUUGAUGCUCGAGCAUACGCUGGAUCUGGUUCCGCGACUGUGGCUACCAAUGCCUCUCAAGGUUCCAGCAGGGGUGGUUCAAAAGCUGGAGAGUCUCGCGCCGACUCUCUGGCUGAAGUGUAA